CGAUUGCCUCGCAUUCACCAACGACUACCGGCAAUUUCCACCACCGCCGCCGAAUCACCAUGUUGCGACUGGUGUCGAAGCACUCCGUGGCGAUUCUACGCAACGCAUCCCUGCGCGCAUCGUCUCAAUUGAUGCUGGCCACUGCAGAUGAUGCCGUGCUGGGGGCACCAUACAUGACGACCCGGGCUAAGUCGACGUUGCCAACCCAAUCUCAACAAUCGACCGCAUCCCCCGCUGCGGCCGACAGUGGCAGCGUGAUGCCCGGUAGCUUUAUCUACGAUGAUGCCACGUCAUCCGAAGGAGCGGCCAAGUUCCCGUUUCAAACGGCCGUGUACGUCGUCCCGGGCAAACACAACCAGGGCAAAAAAGUGUCGGAGUGGAUGUUCACGCUGCUCGAGCAGAGCAUGGCAGAUGGCAACGGCCAGUUGAACUUCGAGGACAUGACGUCGUUGAUCAUCAUGUUGGCAGAGCGUCAGUACUACCGUGAAGCCAUGGAGGCUCUGCAUUUCUCCCGCCAGAACAACUGCAAGCCGCGCAUUGCCGCAUACUCCAAGGUCAUUUCAUCGUGUUAUGCGCACGAACGGUUCGAGUUGGCUCUGCAAGUGUUUGACGUGAUGCGUCGCGACGGGUUCAACCCGUCCUUCGUCACAUACUCCCGGGCGCUGUCGUCGGCGUCCAAGGCCAACCAACACGAGAUGGUGCUCGAGCUAUUCCGGGAACUCAUGCACGACUGGCCUGACCUCACGAGCGAUUUGCAGAGCAUUGCGUGCAAUACCGUGCUCAACUCUUGUGCUCGCAACGGCGACUACGACACUGCCACGUGGAUCUUGCAAGAAAUGAAGACACGGGGGAUUCCCAUGAGUCAGAUCACGUUCAACUCGUUCAUGAUAUGCAUGUCCAAAGCUGGAGCCAUCGCCGACGUCCGGGAAGUUCUCGUGUUGAUGGAGGAAGCAGGCACCUCGUUGAGUGCAAACGCGUACAUGUGUGCGAUACAGUCGUGUGCCAAGUGGAAGCGAUGGGACACUGUAGUGACGCUGUUUGAAAUGAUGCGCGGCGAACACGAAAGCGUGUUCCUUGUGACCAUUGCGGCCGCCAUGAUGGGGUAUGUCAAGGAAGGCAAGCCGGAGGUGACGAUGGCGCUGUACAAGGAAUGUCUGGCCAACAAUGUCGAGCUCAACCCGUUCGCCAAGCAGGCUAUCGUUACGGCGCACUUGCAUAUGGGCACAUACGAGGAAGGCCUCGAAUUUUGCGAAGGGAUGCUGUCAGAACAACAUGUGAAGGACGGAUACCGUGGGCUCGUGUACAAGCUAAAGGUGCAGAUGUUGAUCGCGUUGAAGCGCGUGGACGAAGCCAUCGCGCUACUGGAAGCAACCGAGCUGUUUAUGGACAAGACCGUGAAUUGCUACCGGCCGCUGAUUGGCCAUUUCAUGGAAGCGCGGCAAUACGACAUGGCGACAAAGUACAGCCAAGUGCUGUUUCAAAAGAACCAAUAUGUGUCCGCGUCUGACUGGAUCCAAGCUCUGUCGUCGUCGAUCGCGCUGCCCGACAAGACGGCGUACUGGGACUUCCGCCGGACCCUCGAGGUGCGCGGACCCGAUGUGCUCGCGUCCAUCCCUGGCGAGCUGUUCCUCGAGAGCUCCAAGACACACCAGAAGCCGCGGGGUAUGCCGCCGAGAACACUGCUGUCGCCGGCUACCACCGUCCCCACCCCACCAAAGCAACAGUUGAAGGUAUAGUAAGAUUAAUGGAAACACAAACACGUUUAUGGAAGAAGAUAUACAUCUGGUGGGGUUAAGUGCUUAAGCUGUCGACGUGACGCAUGGGGGGAGGAUCGCAUGGAUAGAGGAUGCACUGUCCAACCGAGCCAUGGAUCGACGGUGCUUACAAAUAACGGCGGGGGUUGAACGGUUUGCCUUCAAUUUGAUCGUGCUUGAUCUGCUCCUCCAUCACAAAGUGGUACACAAUCGCCGCCGGCAGCACCGUGCCCAACAAGAACUUGCCCAUGUUGGACGCGUUGAACGCGAAUUCGCGGUCGCAGUUUUCACGGCCCCCAUUCCACACCUCAAUGUUCUUGUUCUUGUUCAAUGAACCUCCGUUGCGGCGCUGCUGUCCCUUCAUCUGCACCAACGCGAAGCGGGUGCUCACGUUCACGCGGCGCGCAAGUGUCUGGCUGAGGCUCAUGCUUCACGACCUCCACGAAUAUGGAACUGGAAAUGCGGUCGGAUAUCCG